AUGCAGGAAGGCAAGAAGAUUCAGGAUGGGGAAAGCAACUCCAUGCGCUCAAGGAAUCUUGAGGUGGAUAGAAACCACCCUGGUUUAUGUGACUCAGGUUCGGGAGAUGCUGUACAACCAAAUACUUCUGAAUGUGCUGGUCUGAAGUUUAACGACUUUAAUAAACUGAGGGAAGAUGCAAAGUUUUCAGAAUGUCAGGCCUGA